UACAUCACCUUUCUUUUGAUAGAGGUGGCCUCAGUAAUAUGCUGUUCCAGUGUUCGUUACCUGACAACGUGGAGACAGUUGCAGAUGAGCCACGAAAAAUUCUUCUCCGUUUAUAUGGUGCAAUUCUACAAAUGGUGAGUAUAUAGAAUAUUUUGGGAGUGGGAGGGUUUCUGUAGUAUGUAUCUGAAUUAUUUAUACUAGAAGUGUCACAAGGCAAGUGUGUUCUACUCCUAAUGUUGGAGAAUGUUUUUUGGUGGUGGGAAUAGAUCUCUAGUUUGUCAGUUUGUUAUAAUUUGUCAUUUUCUAGAACUUGUACUUCUUUCUAUGCAGAAAUCCUGGCUUGCGGUAUAUCAGUUGAAGGCUUAUUUGCUGUUGGUUUGUUCCAUAAUGUUUGUUUCUGGUAUUAAGUGUUUGGAGUGUGAUAUUCUGAAAUAAGGUAUAUAAUCAGCUGCUUUGUAAUCUGUAGGAGUUUCUUUGGCAUCGUUAGUAAAUUUUCGAAGAACUAAACAAUUUGUAAUCAUUUAAAUCUUAUCCUUGCUUUCACAUACCCUUCUGAGGUUCACAUUGAAGCUUUGUCAAAAUGACUCUACAAAAUGCUCAGACUAUUCAGAGAUCUGUGAUGAGUAGCAACCUAUUGACAUGCAGUAUUUUAUAGCGUUUAAAGUUUGUACACAAAUAUAUCCAGUACCCUGCAACUUUCUCAUUCUGAAACCUUUAUUCCAGAAUGUGUGCUAGGUCUUAUAACUGCCACAUGGAACUCUUUAUUAAAUGUUUUUAAUAGUGCUCUCACUGCCAAUUGGCCACUACCAAGAUUAAAAUCCCUUUUUUGAAAUAUUGCAAUGUAAUUCUAUUAAUCUUUAAGAGAAUUAACUGUUGAACUUCCAAAUGGUGUAUACAAAACACUUUAAAGAUGACCUACUAUGAAAUUCUUAACAGCUAUAUCUGUGCAUAACUAUAGAAAGUUUUAAUUUUAUCUAGUUUGACACUUUACAAAAUGUUGAGUUUUUCCCAAGUGAUUGAAAUUGGUCUCUUGCUGACCACUUCCUUGGAAUAAUCUACUGAAGAUAUUGCGUCAAUUAAUUAUUCUUAAAUUUAAUCCAUGCUUCCUUCUGAGGUGAAUUGACCAGAAAGUGAUAAUAGCAUGCUGUUAAACCUGAGGGUGUCACUUAACUAAUCACUAAAUGGAUCUCACUUACAAAAAUUGAGAUUCAGAUCCUGACUUAGCUGCUGAAAGCCUGGACCGGCAUUCAUUUUAAAGGUUUUAUUCUUAUUGUGGCAAGAGCCAUAAGUUAUUCACUGGUCAGAGACCACCCAGGCACAGCUCAUGUCAAUUAAGAAUUCAGUCUUAACUGAAUAAAAUGUACAUAUCAAACUAAGCCAAGCUUUAAUAACCCUUUUGGUUUUAGUUAAAGCUUCUGAAAGAGAACUAGUUGAAUGUAUCCAUAGUCAAAUUACAAAGUAAGUUAGCGAUACUUGUAUAUUCAGUAAAUGAUUUUCAGAAUAGAAUAUUAUUAGUUUAUGGCUUUAAUUUUAGCUUCUUAAAAUGUGAGUCCUGAGGUGUGAAAAUGGAUUGCAAAACUUCCAUAUUUGAGUAAUGGGCUUAACUUUUAUCUUUUUAUAAAAAUGACUUUGAAAGAUGUAAUUGUGCAUUAAGGAAAAACAAACUACAAAUACUUAAACUCAGUCACCUACUUCCUUCCCUGAGGGUUUUUUCUUACCCUUUUUUCUGCUCUGUUUAUAGAAGAAUCAAAACAAGAUUUGGGGCUUAAAUUUAGUCCUUAGAUUUUAAACUAAGUUGGCUUAAACAUUUGAAAUUGUGCAUUCCAAACUUUUCUAAUUUUUUGAUCUUGGUGUUGAAGGAUCAUCUGAGAUGUCUAACUUCCUUUAUUUCCGUAGUGGCAGUGAAAUGACUGCUCUUGUUGGUGCAGUUCACUAAGGGUUAAGUAAGCAGAGAAAGUUCCAAGGCUUGCCCAUGCGAUCGUGCCUAGAGCACUCUGGUUUCCAGGUGACAGACACGAUUCACGAGGUCCUGUAAUAAAGGAGGCUCUGGACAGGCUCAGAAGGAAAAUGACUUGCAGGGUGCAGAAGCCAUGGUUCUGGAGAGUGUUAUGUUUGCCAUUCUCGCAGAGAGAAAUCUUGGCCCAAAGCUGUAUGGAAUCUUUCCACAAGGCCGAUUAGAGGAAUUCAUUCCAAGCAGAAAGUUAGACACGGAAGAAUUAGGCUUACCUGAUAUAUCUUCAGAAAUUGCUGAGAAAAUGGCCAGGUUUCAUGCUAUGAAAAUGCCAUUUAAUAAAGAACCUAAAUGGCUUUUUGGGACAAUGGAAAAGUAUCUAAAUCAAGUACUGAGGAUUAAAUUUACUAGAGAAUCCCGGAUUAGAAAAUUGAACAAAAUCCUCAGUUACAAUCUGCCACAGGAAAUGAAAAGCCUAAGAUCUAUGCUUGAAGCUACUUCCUCACCAGUUGUCUUUUGCCACAAUGACUGCCAGGAAGGUAACAUCUUGCUUUUGGAAGGCAGAGAGGAUUCUGAAAAACAAAAGCUAAUGCUUAUUGACUUUGAAUACAGCAGCUAUAAUUACAGAGGAUUUGAUGUUGCAAAUCACUUCUGUGAAUGGAUGUAUGACUACACUUAUGAAAAAUACCCAUUCUUUAAAGCCAGUUUUUUUAAGUAUCCCACAAGGAUGCAACAGCUUCAUUUUAUCUCCAGUUACCUUGCUGCAUUCCAUAAUGGAUUUGAAAAUCUAAGUAAUGAAGACAAGUCCAAAAUGGAAGAAGAUAUGUUGAUAGAAGUCAAUAGGUUUGCCCUGGCAUCUCACUUCUUCUGGGGCCUAUGGUCCAUUAUACAAGCAAAGAUUUCAUCCAUUGAGUUUGGAUACAUGGACUAUGCACUCUCAAGAUUUGAUGCAUACUUUGACCAGAAGAGGAAACUUAAAGUGUGAAUAUUGGAAGAAUGGACAAUCUUACUACUGUACUGUACAAAGAAAGCAUCUGGACAGAACUUCCACUGUGCUUAGGCUACUGUAUCUGUAAUGAAGGCUUCAGUGGGUUCCAGGUUUUUUUGGAAUGCAGAUAUACAAUUGUGAAGACUCUACAAAAAUCACUUGGUUUAUUUGUUUACAGUUAAGAGAGUUUUGGAAUGAGAUUGGGAGGCAAAAGUAUAAUACAGCAGUGCAAUAUCUUGAAAUCCUUUUAAUCAAAAGGGUAUUUUAUAUUAUGGGGAAGCUUACAGUUUGUGGAAUACCCACCUGCAUCAAGAGCAAACAGUGUUACUGUUGGUACUUAAUUUUUUAUUUUUAGGGGUUGUAUUGAUAUACUGGUGAAUGUUAUGUGACGGAAGACUUGUAGAUGCAUUGUAGACACUACUGGUCAAUGGGAAGAUCAUUUGUGUCUGAAGACAAUUGUUAUACUGUGAAGCUGGCUGAAAGGCCUUACUGUGAGUUAUUUGUAUUAGCCUCAUGUCCCUGAACAUUGUCUCAAACAGCAAAGUGGUUAAAGGACACUAAAGCAAUUUGCUGUCAAGUGCCAUCUAAAUAUAGAUGAAUGUAGUUGUCAUGUACAUGUCUUUGUAGAAUGAAAUACAGAUGAAUCUUAAACUGGAAAUUUCAAAGAGAUUUGGGAUGAUGAGCUUAUUCAUUUUCACAUCCUUCACCAAGAACAUGCUUUUAUUGGUCAGCCUGGCUAUAUAGCAGUGCUAUACAAUGUGCUGUAUAUGAAGCUCUCCAGGCUUGGCAACACUAGGAUGAGUGCCUUGAAUUACUCUAACCCCUCAAUGGCAUUAACAAUCCUCCAGACUGGAGCCAGCCCUUUUCCUUAACUUGGGAGGUAGUAGCACACUAUCAGUUUUAAGGAAGUUGUGUGAGGAUGAAGGGAAAUAUUUGGAAGAUCAUCCCCUUUCCCUCAGAGCAUGAAGAGAAGGGAGACAAUUUUUUGACCAAUUGAGGCAUAUAGUUGGCUUGUUGGGGCACUUUUUUAGUCUCCAACUUCCAUCUUGUUCCAGCAGUCCAGUAGAGUGUGAAAUGUUAACAUGAUGUUGAAAGAUAGAUAUCUAUAUAUGUCCUGUGAAAUCUACAGCAGAUAUGUAAACAUUCUCUGGAGAAAUCUUUGGAUUUUUUUUUUUUAAUUUACUUUGGCCAUUGUUAUAUUUGUGUUUGUGCUUUCUGGCAAGACAUACUAUAUUACAAUAAAUUUUUUUAAAUAUUACCCUUACAGGCAUGUGUGGAGGAUAGUGUAUCAGUACUUGAAUGUGCCAUGUGUCUGCUAUACAGUGUGACUUCCAGUUGCCAUUUCUGAUUCUUUAGAGGGGCAGUUUGCAAAUACUUUGAAUUUGUAAUCUCUUUAAUUCAGUGGCUUUGGUUUUUGAAGUUGAUGUUACUCCAUAGAAAUCCUACUCUUAUUUUUAGCAAUGAAAAAUGAGUGCUGAUUAUCUGGGAUUGACUCUCUAAGAUCAUAUCCACUUUCAAUUUCUCACCUUUAUUAGCCUGCCCACAAAGAUAGACUGGCUUAAAUUGUCUAGUGAAUCAGUCCAAUCUGUGGCAUUCCUUCCAUGUAAAAGCUGAACAUGAUCCUCUCAACUUAUUGUAUAUACUAGCAAACUUGAGUAGAAAAUAGAUGCACACUUGUGUGGCUUCUUAAUUUUGUAACUAAUUAGACAGUUUUUUCUUAUGUGUAAAAUCUCUCCCUUCCAUGCUUUAGCAACCUAACAUUUGUACAGAAAUGUUAAUGUGAAACAAAUUGAGGCAAACAUUCUAAAUGUAGGAGAAUGAUCAAGUAGUAAUGAACCUUAAACUAUGCUGAAGGAGAAAAAGCAAAGAUCCUUUUGGGUGAAUGCAAUGAUAAUUUUCAACUGUAGAUACUUAUUAUGUGGGCUAAGUAAUCAAACUCAUUAAGGUAAAUUUUGACAGCACAAUUGGGUUUGUAAGCAUUACACCAAUAACACUUUCAGCAUUGGACCUUUAAUUACAACAUGGAAUUGAGGUGGUUUGCCAGUCAAUAGAAGACCUUUCUAGUUGCCAUAACAUGCCAACUAACCUUUAGCAAUACAUGUACACUAUGCUUACACCACACCUGAAAUGUACUUAUUCCAUGGGAAUACCAGUGCAAUUUAUUAUACUUGGGAUUGUCUCACAUUCACCUAAAUGCAGAGUGAGACCUAUAGUUCAUUUUCCAGAGACAUUCCUCAUGCGACAGUUACUCGCAGCAUGCAGUUCACUGAACACUAUAGAAUUCUCUGUUAACCUCCCCCCUCAAAUAGCUUCAGUGGAGGGGAAAUGUUGAUCCUUCUAUACAAUGUAUGUACCCCUUUCUAAUAAAUUAAAAGGACUAGUAGAA